AUGUUCGCUGUUCCAGGAUGGUCCGUUGAGAGUUCUGCUCUAAAGCCACAGACUCAGGCCGCGCAACCCAAGAACGAGUCUCAGCCGGAGAAGGAUGCCUCCAACGCUAAUGCGAAGAACAAUAAGCGCAAGCGUGCCAACGAUCGCGUCACCGCAGGCAAUGUGGAUGAGAUGUACCGGAGGCACAUCGAGGGUACGGCCAAGGGUGGAAAGCGUGGCGCAGAUGCUUUCGUGAAGCCAGAGAAGAAGCAGAAUACGGAAAAGAAGGAUAAGCAGACACUUGAGACAGCCACCACCCAGGGGCCUACAAGCGAAACUGCUGCCGCCGAUCCAGACGCAGGUCAAGCCGAAGAUAAAGCACCCAAGAAGAAGAAGCAAAGGAAGAACAAGAAGAACAAGGAGAACAAGGACAACGUCCCAGAGGACAAGACUGAGGCAGGUGGUGCUACCACUACUCCGGCUAAAGAAGUUCCUGCUCCUGCUCCUGCUCCCGCUGCACCUGCACUCCCACCAACAUCGAACCUGACUCCGCUCCAGCAAGCAAUGCGACAGAAGCUGGUCUCCUCUCGGUUCCGCCACCUGAACGAAACCCUCUACACCACCCCCUCCGCGAAAGCACUCGAGAUGUUCAGUACAAACCCGGAGCUCUUUGACGAGUACCAUGCCGGAUUCGCGCGACAGGUGAAGGAGUCCUGGCCCUCCAACCCGGUCGAUGACUACAUCAAGACCAUCCGCACCCGCGGGUUACCCGCUCCCCGUCGUCCCACCGGACUAUGCACAUUCGCCGAUCUGGGCUGUGGCGAUGCACAGCUCGCGCGCGCCUUGACACCCUCCGCCAAGAAGCUGAACAUCAAGCUCAACAGCUACGAUCUGGCAGCGCCCGAUCCGCUGAUCACCAAAGCCGAUAUCUCGAAUCUUCCCUUGGAAGAUGGAGCGGCGGAUGUCGCUAUUUUCUGUCUGAGCCUGAUGGGAACCAAUUGGGUUUCGUUCGUCGAGGAGGCAUGGCGUAUUUUGCGGGGUGACGGCAAGGGCGAGUGCUGGGUCAGUGAGGUCAAAAGUCGAUUUGGCAAGGUCCAACGCAAGAAGUCUCAGAUCGGCGCGCAGAAGCCCGGCAGCAAGGCAGACAAGAAGAAGUCCAAGAAGAAGGGCGGUGAAGAUUCCGACGUCGACGAGACUGAUAUCUUUGCUGAGGAUGUGCGGCCGUCUGACAAUAACGACGAGACUGAUAUCUCGGCGUUUGUGGAGGUGUUCCGGUCUCGUGGGUUCAUGCUUCGCCAGGAAUCCGUGGAUAAGUCCAAUAAGAUGUUUGUGAGAAUGGUGUUUGUUAAGCAGGGUGGUGCGCCUACCAAGGGGAAACACGCUUCGGCUCUCAGCGCGCCUGCGCCUGGUAGCAAGAAGCGCUUUGUUGACCGCAAGCCUGAAUCAGAGUCUGGCAUGUCACCUGAGCAGGAGGCACAGGUGCUGAAGCCAUGUGUUUAUAAGAUCCGUUAG